GGUGUUUGUAUUUUACAUGGACUAUAAGAGGGCAGUCACCCUGCAGGACAAGGACACAUCAUGUUUUGCUGCAGGAGGCAGUACAGGAAAUCUGGAUUUACUUGAGGGUGUAUUUCUCUAAAACCUUCUUCACCAUGAAGACAUUUUGCUUCAAUUGUGUGUGCAAUGAAAUGCUGCUCAGCAGAAAGCCAACUGAAAGGAAUUAGUUUCAACAUUUUUGCUCUUUUUGUUAUGUGGGUGGAAGAAACAAUCAGGAUGGCUUCUACAAGUAAAAGAAAUUCUGCAGUGAGAAUUCAAAAUACAUUUUGCCCUGAAGGUGGAGUCUGCAAGCAUGGAUUCCUCAUCAAAUCCCCACCUCUUCAACUUCUCAGCUCACAGAAUUCCUGGAAAAGGCGUCUUUUUGUCCUGUCCAAAUCCAGCAGAGGGAAUUACAUCCUGAAGUAUUUAAAAGGCCAACACAUAAAAGGCUCCAUAGCUGUUGAUCAAAUCAUAAGUACUGAAGUUGGCAUAAGUAACGCUGAAAUUAUGGGAACGGUGAGGAAGAUGUUUAAAUGCCUUCCUGAGCAGGUGAUGUCCAUCAGCACUGGGAACAGAUGUUAUUACCUCAUUGGGAACAGCAGGCAGGAAAUAGAGGACUGGGUCGCUCUGAUAUCUUCAAUCUGCAGGGAGGACAAAAGAAGUGGAUGCUGCCCUCAGAAUCAAGAUCUUACUAAUCCAGAAGUCAGAAGCCGGCCUUCCUCUUUGCCACUGUUCUUAAAUUCUAUAGAUACGACUAGCUUUCCAGACAGGCAAAGCUACCAGAAGGAGAAUGGUUCCUCAGAAGACAAGAACAGGCCUUAUUCAGAUCCUGGCCCCCGUCAGGCUCAGUGUGACUCACCAAGAGGAGUUUUUCCAAGCCUGCAGGAUAAAAUUCUGGGAAGUGAGGAAAACCUGCCAUUGUCAGACACAGAGGAAAACAUCAAAAAGGACGAAGAAGAUUAUUACCAAACUCCCAGCAACGUUUUAGCAAAGUGCACUGCUGAAGUAUCAAAGCCUGAUCUUACAGCUGAGUCUGAUGUCCCAGUGCAGAGCAACCCAGUAAAGGAGGACAUUUAUAUGUCAAUGAAAUCACUUAAGCUGCUGGAUGAGAGGUGCCAGCUCACGUGCAGACGUGAUGGGCUCCCAUCCCCUCCCAUGAACAACAGUGCAUGUCCAAGAGACUUGGAAGCAGACAAAGACACAGAAUUCCCAGAGAGCAGUGCCAGCCUGCAGCCAACCCUCCAGAGAAGGCAAAGCUCACCCCUCUCAGUGGUUCACCUGUCUAUACUGCUCAGUCAAGUUACAGAUGAGAUGCAGCUGCAGAAAUUGGAUAUUUUCGUACCCCUGGCUGAUAUUAGCAAUUACCUAAAACUUACUGAAGCAGCAGGACGAAUAUGCAUUGCACAGUGGACAGGUCCCCACAGACUGGGCUGUUUGUUUAACCACGGAGACCACGUGGUGGCUGUGAAUGAUCUGCAGCUCCAAGGUGUGGAGGAGGCUUACUUCUUCAUCAGCAGGUCCACGAGAAAGGAGGUGAAACUUACUGUGUGUAGGAUUCCACAUUCAGAUAUCUUCCAUGCUAAAGGCUGCUCAUGUUCCUGAAAAAAAAGACCUCAAUGAUUAAUGGUGUUCAAAGGCCUGUUUGUGCUGAAUUCUGCAUAAAUACAGAGGGAACUCCCAGUUCUGGAACUACAGAGGCUGAAAAUAGAAGAAAACACAUUCCUUGGGAGCUCUUCUCCAAAGCUGCUAUGGGAGUCCUUUGCUCUGCACUGCUGCUUUGAGCACAGCAAAUCCAUUUCUGCCUAAGGAGCCCCUGAGGGAUGGGGUGGCUGUCACUAUACAGCCCUUCUGCCAGCCCUGUAACUCUGGCAGUCUGCUAGGACAGUCCCCACAGCCUGAAUCCUAAAAUCACAGAGCACCUACUUCAAGAACAUCUACUGAGGAUGUCAUUUUCUGUCAUUUGGCCUUUCCUGGCCAAAGUUUGCCUAAGCUCUACUUCUGAAUUUUGGAAAAGUAAAGUCCAAAUUUUAGUUGGGACUCCAAGACUCAUCCCUCUGUAAAAUCAGGAAUUUUUUUUCUAAUAUUUACCCUGGACAGUUUUUUUCAGAAAUUUUUUUCUUGCCCUGUUUUCAGUGGGCACAGGGAAUGUUUGGAUUGCCACUGUCUGCAGAGAAAUCUUCAUUAUGGAAAGUAUUUUUUCUACCUGUUCUCCAUUCUCUUUUUCUUAGACCAAACAUUCUGCAUUCUUCCAUCAUUUUUUCAAACAGUUCCCGAAAAUGGCCACAUGACACUGAACUGUGAGACAAAUGCCUUGUGUUUCCAGUUAUGGAUGAGCAAAGGAAGUGAGAAAUUGAAAUUCAAAGAGUUUCAUCAAAAAGAAAUCCAAAGACAUGAAUUCCUAGAAUUCCAUAGAGAAGCAUUUCUCAGAAGAGGUGACUCAGUGAAGAAGAUCCCCCAUGGUGGUGGGAGAAGAGCCACCUGCAUGGGACCUGCUGCUGAAGCAGAUGUUGAGCACUGCAUGCUGCACCUCUCAGCCAUGGAAGGAGAAAGUUUUGUCCAAAAGUAGCCAUGCUACUUUUGGACAAAACCAGGAUUUGGUUAGAUAUGUACAGAAUAAUUCCAGAAUAUUUUAGAGAACUGGGGUGUUACUUAUGUGCUUCAGUGAACAGUUAUAGAUGUGUUACUCCAUAAUUGAUUAUUAUGUCAGUUUGCACAGUGCUAAAUGCAGAUAAUUAAUGUCACAUAUUGGCUGAUUCAUAACACUUACAGAGAUACAAUAUGGAAAUGACAUUGGUACAGUAAAUUCUGCUAGGGUGUGUGAAGUUGUCUGCCCACAUAUAAUUAAUAAAUGUGCUAACACUUUACAACACAUUGUAUGCUGCAACACACCUCGUUUUCUCCUAACAUGGCCCCUCCUUGUCCUGCAAAGAUUACCUGUAACUUCUGUAAUCUGCAGCUGAGUCACUAGAUAGCCCUUUUAAAAAAAACCUACACUUAAAUAAAGAUUUAGGUUGUUUCCCUGGCUGUUAAUUUGUGCACAUUCCUAUGCUGCACUCAGUCAUUAGUGGCUGCUAAUAUUUCCCCUUGGAUUCCCAAGGAUGAAUCAUGCUCUUUCUACUCUAGCAUCUAGCUAGGAAGAUGGCAAUUGCCCAGGAGAAAAGCAAGUCCUGGGAGAGAGGGAAAGUAAUGGUGAGGGAAGUCUCUAUAUUGAUGUGAGGUCAUUGAAGUCAAGAAAAAUAAAAAGCCCAUUGAACAGAAAGCACAAACCAGACCACACAACCUCCACACUUCCUCCCAAGGGCAACACUCCUGAGAACUGGAGUUGCAGUCAUAAAGUGAUCAAGAAAGCACAAGUCCUGCAAGAGAACAAGUCCAGCUGGGAAAAGUUAUCUGUGCAAUGUCCACCCUGAAACAAGCCAGAGACAAGCUCUGUGUAAUGCUUAAUUCUCUUAUUAGAGUCCUUCCAGCCUGGGGGAUUGGAGGGAUAUCUAUAUAUGUAUUAGGGUUACCUAGGUAAAUACCUGUUUCAUAGGGAUGUCUAAAUAACAGCCAGACAUACUUCAGUGUGGUUGAAGAAUUUCUGCAAAGGGAUUCAAAGAGGAGCAACUGCAAUAAAGGAGAAUGAUGAUACCCUGUACACUGCAGAGAGAAUGGAUCUGUGGUGUGCUGGGGACACCAGGUGCUUAAUCUGUGUUUUGCCCCAGAUUUUCUGGUGACCUCAGGAGAGCAAUUUCCUCACACACACAGUAAAAUUCUACAAGUGGUUUCAGACACAUUUGCAUCAUGCUGCCUCUUACUACAGAUGUGAUCUCCAGCACCGCAUUCAAUACUAGGAAUUGCUUUAGCUCCCAGAAAAUUCCUGGAAAAGCCUCCAUCAGAGCUGUGUGUUAGAGGCAGGAGGGAGGUUCUUCGAUGCCCUGUGCUGUGGGGAGAUGCUGAUGUGCCAGCUCCAUGCUAAGGGAGAAGCCAUCCUUGAUGUCCUGCAGAAACUGCCUUCCUUGAGUCCCUUCAGUGUCUCUGAAGUUUCCCUCUCAUGAGGGAAUGCUAAGUGAUGUUCCAUCCCUGCAAGGAACUGGCUCACAGCAUCUGUGCUGCUCAUGGAAAGCUGCACCAGGAGGGACUGUGGGAAUCUUCUCAGUCACAUGGAUUCAUCCAGAAUUUCAGGCCCAUUAGGGGACACACUAAUAGUUACAAACAUAUUUGCUUCCCUGCUGGUGCUCCCUUGGUCAGAGCAGGGGCUAGAAAGUGCAUGUACUGACUGUCUACUUUUGGGUCUGUGGAGAUGACAUCUGAGAUGCUCUAAGGGCUUUUUGGUCUGUUUCCAAGGGAUGAACACUUCUUCCACAUGUGUGCCACGCUGUAGCCAGCCACUUCUCUCCUGCAGGCUGGCCAGCAAGUCACUGCCAGGAGCUUGGGACAUGCCAGGCAGUUCCUAGAAAUGCCACUGCAAUUUUAAAUGUUCCUUUUGGCCCCUUAUCACCUUCUAAUUCACUGCAUCCCUUGAAGAGGAGAAGCCAGACAAGAAUGAUACAAUCUUUCACUCAGGAAAAUCACUUUAAGUUAAACCAUGCCUUCACUGUGAGGACCCUCAGUGACCAGGGUCCCUUUGCUUGCUGCUGACAGCUCCUUGGUGGCUCUGUCCUACAGCAGGACCAGCACAUUGGGUCUAAGCUGCUGGGGUGGCAGCAGGACUGCAUUUGCCACAGCAAGUAUCUGGCCAUGUUCAGUUUUUCAUCCUGGGGUGCCUGAGUCAAUCUGUGCCUGAGAACUUGUUUUGUUUAUAUCCCAGCAGUGGAGGAAUGAAAUUGAAGCAUUGGUGGGAGCAUUAAGAUCAUGCCUAUCAGUGGUGCUAAUCUUCUUUUAAAAUGUUGUAUGUUUGUGUUGUUCAUCAGUAGGGACAUCACUGAGCUACACACUUUGUUAUUUCCUGCCUCUGUAGGUUUUCCCAAAAAAUCUGUUUCUGUCUGUGCCUAUAAAACACAGCAUAAAGCCAUGGUUUUAAACACAGUGAUGAGGGUUGCACAAUAUUUUUAACCAGGAGAAGCCAAUAUUUUGGAGUAGUUGCUCCUCAGCAGCAUCUACUGCUACACAUAUUCUACAACAGGACACUUUUUGCCAAAAUAAACUCAUUUGUAUGCUAAAUGUCCUUAAA